AUGCGUAGGAACCCGUCUGAGUUUGAGUAUGUUGAGGCAUCCUUGGAAACUCCUAAGUCGGUCAAGGAAAAAACCCCCAAGGCUAAGGCAGUUGUGAAAAAAAGGCCCAAGGCGAAUGCCAUGGCGGAUGUGGAAACUCCCGACAAGACCACAAAAAAAAAAAGCAUCAAUGCGGUGGAUGAUAAUAGCCCCAAGGGAAAGGCCAUUGUGAGAACCCCUAAGGCGGCAAAGGAGUUACCGAGGCGGAAGAAGCCAAAACUUCUUGGAACCCUUUUUGUAGGACCGUACCUUAAUAACUUUCCGGAACCAAUUCGGCCGCACGUAAAAUCUAUAACGGAUGUGACAAGUGAUGGAAAUUGUGGGUACCGAGCAGUAGUUUAUUUUAUGCACCAAUUCGAGCACAAUUGGAAGACAUGCCGAAAUGAUUUGCUCUUGGAGGUGAAUAACCAUUAUGACCUGUACGAAAAGAUUACUGGUAUCGGAGGUGCUAACAAGUUGCAUUAUAGAUUGUCGUUCUUUCAAGACGGAACUGCACCCGAAGAUAGGUGGAUGAUUUUUCCUGACAUGGGUCACGUUGUAGCUUCAACUUAUAAUGUGGUGGUUGUCCUCCUAUCCCAACUUCAAUGCCUUACUUUCCUUCCACUCCAUUCUCGUCCUCCAUCAUCAGACCAAAUAAGGGUUCUUGGAAUUGGACUCGUGAACGGAGAUCACUUCGUACAGGUUGAUCUAAAAGCAUGUUCCCCCGUGCCGCCUAUUGCCAACAAUUGGUUCAAAUUUCGAUGGGAGGAGGCCAAUGAAUGGGAGACACUUUUUUCUGCCGAAAUGGAAGCAUUUAAAGCCAUAAUAGGAACAUCUAUGACCCGAAAUUUGUAUAAUAUUUCAGCAGUUGGAUACCGAAUCAUUGGUUGGGGUGGCUCAGGCCUCCUACACAGCAACAAGGCACAACUGCGUAUUAUUGUAAGCCCUGGACAGGAUUCUCUCCCUGAGGAGGAGCAUGUGAGUGUGGGGGCUCUAUACAGAAUUUUGAAUUGGCCUGGGGGAGUAGAUGGGGAGUAG